ACUUUUUGAAACUCGACCUCUGUUGUGCCUUGAGACUCCAUGAUUGUCCACAUGCCUGCAUGUGCUACAGCGUACAGCCUGUGCUCCAGUUGCACCGGCACAUGGUGCCCAGGUGCUCUGCUGCAUACUACCGGUAGCUACCUGUCCCACGCAUUCUGCCUCAUACAUGUUCCGCACCGGUACCCAGCUUUUUUGCCGGGUGUCUUGGAAAGAGAACAAGACAAUCAGAACCAACGCCCACAACUGCACUUCAUUCCCAGCUUAUAAUUUGCUCCAGGCACUCUUUGCUGGAUUCGUAUGGGCAUAUAAACUCACGGGCCUCUUUUGUAGCUUCUGAUCCGAGAAAAGCUGAGCGUCAUGGUACAGUAGAAUGAUCCAAAAGGAUGGGAAUGAACCGUAACAGGCUGAGCAAAUAAGUAGCUAGUAGAUCUAGGCUAGAACCGGCAAAUGAAGUAAACUGGUGUGCAUUUGCACUUGUCCAACGGAAAGGAACAUUUUGUGUUUCGCUGACAGGAAGCUUGGCGUUUCACGGAAUGCUUUGAUAACGUCCAGAAUAGCAAAGGCUCUGCGAGUAUCCCGGUUCUACCGGUAUCUCCAUCUGCUGGAAAAGAAGCAGCUUGCUUCAUCCACUGGUAGAAUCAACGUGAAGUCCACACUCGUGGAGAAAAGAAAUCCAGAAUCUUUGCACUUCUGAUCUUAAUUUCCAUCUUUCUCAAGGUGGCUUUUGCGUUACUGGAGGGGAUCGACCUCGAGAGUGGCUAGAGUCACGCUUUACUAGAGGAUAGUCAACUAUCAAUCCAAUGCUUUUGGAUCUUUCUGCAUUUGAUAGAUAGAUCAUACGGUACCGCUCCCCUACCCUUAUCGUACAAUGCAUCAGCCUCAGGGAGAACUCAAUCCAGAAUGAUUCUGAUCGAACAAGCCAUCCUAUCAUGGAAAUCAAGGUUGAUUUUUGGCUAACGGUACAACCAAGCUGGGAUAAGCAACUCGAUGUUUCUGGAGCUGCGAGUAAGUAAGUCAAGCCUGAACCAGGUCUACCUGUGGCUGUUCUAGCAGCCGUACCAGCACCGGCAGCAGGCGCCAUCUCGUUCACCUUUUCUCAUCUCGCGGUUGUCUUCCGGAAAGCGGAUUGGGCAGCUCUGUUGGGUUUUAUUGAUUGGUUGAAGAUUCGAUUCGAGUCGAUUCGAAUUGAAUGAUGAAUCGAAUCAUUCGAUUUAAUGGCGGAUGAUCAAACGAAUCGAAUCAAAUCAUGACAUUCGAGUCGAGUCCAACAAGACUAAAUUUAACCUCUUCCUUAUUCAAAGUUUUGCCGGCACAGCAUUGGGGGAACAGCCCUUUAAGGCUUCUGCUAGGCCGGCGAUUUUGAUCGUUGAGCCAUGCGUGCAUCGCAUUUCCGUGGCCUGUGCUUCUUCUUUCUCUUCCGGUCUUAUCUUUCACUGAUCACCACAAGAGCCCAGCCACAGCCUUCUUCCCUUCCGUGUGUACAUUACUAGCUAGCUAGUACUUAUCAUAGUUUUGUAUUCCCCACCAUGGCAUCCAUGCAGCGCCAAGCGAUUAUCUCUCGUAGUAGCAGCAGCAGCAACCGAGACGCUAUGCAAAUAGACAGCAACAGCAGCAAUAACGACAACACGAAGAAACCGGCGCAAGAAACCGGCACAAACAAGGAUUAUUUCGAGCGUCGGUUCGCAUUAGAUUCGGUGGAGCGAGACGCCGCUCGAGUGUGGAACACCCUACCGGAGGCUUACCGCAGCGACAAAGAUUUUGUACUGGCCGCUCUCAAGUCCGAGUCUCUCCCCUCCAAGGCAGACUUUGAACGGACGUUGCCGCAGUCGCUGCGGUUUGACCGAGAUGUGGUCCUUGCUUUUUGCCAACGCGAUGACUUUUCCCAGCUCUACUACACACGACACUUGUUUGUUCCGGACUGCCUCACGGGAGACAAGGAGGUCAUGAUGGCGUAUUGUAGCAAGAUCCCACGUGCCUUGCAGGAAUGUUCGGAGGAACUCUGCAACGACAGGGAUGUGGUGAUGGCUGCCAUUUCUCUUGGUGGAUUGGAAUUGCAGUACGCCUCUCGCCGACUACAAGAAGAUAAGGAUCUGGUGAUUGCGGCUUGUCGAAAGGACGGAAGGGCUCUAGAGUUUUGUCCUCCAGGUCCCACAAGGACUGAGCUGACGUCUGAUCGAGACUUUAUGUUAUCGGUGCUGGGAAAGCACGGUGGAGCCAUGUUGCGUCUCGUCCCCGAACCCCUCAAACGGGACCGUUUGUUGCUUCUUGAGGCUCUAGCACAUGGGAUGCGCUUCCGCAUGGUACCGGACAUUUACAAAAACGACAAAGAUUUUCUGCUAAAGGCACUGGAGAGAAGCAGCAAAUUGUAUCUGGAAAUUGGUCCUCUGUUAAAGGACCCUGACUAUGCCCUUGCGGCUGCAACGGCCCCGGAUAGCACAGAUGAAGUGCACCGUAAGGCUCUUCAGGCAGCUCCGCAGCUAAAGCAAAAUCGAGAAGUUAUCAUGUCGAUUGCUUUGCGUGGAGACAAGGAGCUGCUGGAGUCCCUUUUCAACGGAGGAGGCGCUCAACAAUUCCUCGAUGACAAACCCCUCAUGUUGGCAGCUGUGAAACGGGAUUGCCGCCUCUUCAAAUACGCUAGAGCCAAUCUUAAGGAAGACCCAGAGGUCAUCUUGGCCAGCAUUCAACAAGAUUCAGCAAUUGACACGCUACGCGAUAUUUCUCCAGAAGUACGUCGCCGAUUCCCGGAAAUUUCCGUCAAAGCAAUUCAGGUGACCUGCGUUCGCCGCUUGAGGUACCUGGAAUCUCUUAUUCCUGAACCGUUAUGGCAAAAUCGAGACGUUGUUCUCGCCUGGAUUCGAAAAGGCGGCAACGUUUUGGAGUCCUUUGAACGAAUGCUGGACCGGGAUCAGGAGAUGGCAUUGGAGGUUGCCAAGCACAACUGGGCAAACUUUAAGAAGGUCGGAGCGAACCUUCGAGGCGACAAAGAUUUCAUGGCACUGGCCGUGCAGCAGGACGGACGAGUCCUUCGAUUUGCUUCUCGACAAGUUCAAACGAACUAUCAGGUUGUAGUCCGCGCCGUCGCCAACCAUCACCGCGCUCUAUCGGGAGUUCUUGUCUCUGAAUCUGAUUUCAAGAACUGGGUGAAGAGUGCACUGGAUUUGCACAUGACCUUCGUCAAAGACUUUUUGCGUGGAAUUGCAAUCAACAAACCCCAUCUUCCUCCGGCUCGACGAAGCCAGCUUCCCAUGCUCGACCGUGGCGUGGAAACUAGUCAAGCCUUCAAGCAGUUAAUUGCAGACUUCCUUGGAGUCCCCGUGAAGGACGACUUGCGGAUUAUGCGCCAAGCGUGGACGAACAUGACGUAUCCUCCGUGCUCGAGUAGUACAGACGCCAGUGACCGUGACGAUGCUGCGGGCAUGGACGAUGACGUUGUCAACAUUUUGGGUGCUAGACGACGGGAACGAUGGGAACGACGAAUGGAAUUGCAACGCGCUGACCGUGACAAUGCCGUUGCGGGCAGAAUGGAACGAAUGGGUGAGCGAUUUGGUCGAGCUGCUGCCUUUCGUGAUGCCCAGCGCCGUGCCGCUGCUCCUUUGUUUGGUCGGCAGGAACCAGAUGAUGUUAUUGACCUCGACGGGGAUGACGACGAUGAUGGCGACUUGAUCGUUGAUAUUGCCGUCAACGCGGGAGGUCCUCGGGUUGCUGCAGCUCGACGUGUACGAAAUCCUUUCCCGCCCCCUCCUGCUGCCCGAGUCAACCAGGGCCGUUUCGUCAUGGGAAACAACGCAAAUGGACGUGCCAACGGCGCCGCUGCCGAUGGCAAUGCAAACGGGCGCGCAGCUGCAGCGGCGAACCCUCCGCGUGAAAUUCAAUUUCGAGAGAAUUUUUUCCAAAUGUUGGAAGAAUGGGAUGAUCUCUAGGCGGAUCCUUGAUUUGAUUGCCUUGUCUCUUUCAUUCUUCCUGCUUAACUAUCUGAUUCAAUUCAUAUCAACCACCAAAAUUGACACAAUCGCGCGGUUACCCAGUCCAGUGGAAGCCCAAACCCAACUAUUUUCGUACCGAAUGGCAAACUGGCUUCAUGUUGCAUUACUAAAACCAUACUGGACGAUUCUAUUAAAUCUAAGCACAACUAUUAUUC